UUCUUACUUCCUUCACUUCUCCUUCAACCAGUUCCUCUCUGCUAGCUCCAUCAUCUCUGCUAUCCUUUUACUCUUUCGAUUCAUUACCAAAUUUAUCAGACAUGGAAUUACUUAGCUUGAACUCCAUGCUUUGCAUGUUUGCUGCUUCUGUUUUCAUCUUCUUCUUCUCUCCCAUCAUCAAGCUCUUCCUCACUUCCGCUCGCCGGAAAAUUCCACUCCCUCCUGGGUCCCUCGGCUGGCCUUAUAUCGGCGAGACCUUCCAGCUCUACUCUCAAAAUCCAAAUGUCUUCUUCGCCUCCAAAAUCAAGAGGUUCGGCUCAAUCUUCAAGACCCACAUCUUGGGAUGUCCUUGUGUCAUGAUUUCCAGUCCGGCAGCUGCGAAAUUCGUGCUCUUGACGAAAGCCCAUCUGUUCAAGCCUACUUUUCCGGCCAGCAAAGAAAGGAUGCUGGGAAAGCAAGCCAUAUUUUUCCACCAAGGAGACUACCACGCUAAGCUGAGGAAGCUUGUUCUCCGAGCCUUCAUGCCGGCAGCCCUCAGAAACAAAGUCGGAGACAUUGAAGCCAUCGCCAAGGACUCCCUUCAGUCAUGGGAAGGUCGGUCGAUCAACACCUACCAAGAAAUGAAGACGUUCACGUUCAAUGUCGCACUCCUUUCCAUCUUCGGCAAAGAUGAAAUCUUAUACAGAGAGGAUCUCAAGAGAUGCUACUACAUUCUCGAGAAGGGUUACAAUUCUAUGCCCAUUAAUAUUCCCGGAACACUCUUCUACAAGUCCAUGAAAGCAAGAAAGGAGCUAGCUCAGAUCUUGGCCAAAAUAAUCUCAACCAGGAGAGAAAGCAAGCUCGAUGACCACAAUGACCUUCUUGGCUCAUUCAUGGGUGACAAAGAAGGCCUCACCGACGAGCAAAUCGCCGACAACGUCAUCGGCGUCAUCUUCGCCGCCCGUGACACGACUGCUAGCGUUUUGACCUGGAUUAUGAAGUAUCUAGGCGAAAACCCAAGUGUUCUUGAAGCUGUCACCGAAGAGCAAGAAUCAAUCAUGAGAGUUAAAGAAGAGAAUGGUGAAGAGAAGGUUCUGAAUUGGGAAGACACCAAGAAGAUGCCAAUUACUUCGAGGGUUAUUCAGGAAACACUUCGAGUUGCUUCCAUUCUAUCUUUCACAUUCAGGGAAGCUGUCGAAGAUGUUGAGUACGAAGGUUACUUGAUCCCAAAAGGGUGGAAAGUUUUACCACUUUUCAGAAACAUUCACCACAGCCCAGAGAUCUUUCCUGACCCUGAGAAGUUUGAUCCCACAAGAUUUGAGGUAGCUCCAAAACCCAAUACAUACAUGCCAUUUGGCAGUGGGAACCAUUCAUGUCCUGGGAAUGAAUUGGCCAAGGUGGAGAUUUUGGUCAUUCUACACCAUCUUACAACAAAGUGCAGGUGGUCUAUGGUGGGUGCUGACAAUGGCAUACAGUAUGGUCCUUUUGCUCUUCCCCAAAAUGGACUGCCCAUCAUUUUAUCUUCCAAAGAAUGACACUUACCGAUAUAUACAUAUACCUAAGUAUAUAACUCCCAGUUCCGACCCCCACAAAGCUUCAGAGUUCAGAGACUGCUUUCUUUAUAUAGUAACUAUUAUAAAGAGAGAGAGAGAGAGAGAGAGAGAGAGGAUUGGUUUCUUGCUUAUGAAGGAAAGUGAAGAAGUUCGAGAGCUCUUAGAAACGAUGAGCUGAAUAAAGCUAGGGAUACAUUGACGAUUUCUUUUUGGCCGAACCGAGAGAGGCAGAGCUGAAGAUAGCCGGAAGCCAAGUGUACAUAACGGAAGAGUGUUCUUGAUACCAAAACAUGAUUUUAUGCAAAGUAUAUUUCAUGUUUUUUUUUCUUUUGAGAUGGUGACGAAGAGAAUUGUACAUACUAAUUUCACACAUUUUUUGUUCCUUUCCUCAAAUAAAUGUAAAGUGCCGCAAGGCUGAAGUUAUGAUUUAAUAGAAUGAAAUCGAUUAUUGUUAGGAAAAUUGAUACAA